AGAGCAAAAAAUGGGCGGCCGAUAGGGAGUGGAAAAACGGGGAGAAUUUGUUUUGCAGCAUUAGAGGCAGACGGGGAGAGAGAGAGGGGGAGGGUGAGAUGGAUUACAGUCUAGCGGCGUUGAAGUUACUAUGCGCACAGCUGAAAGACGCCAGAGAAGUCCCUUCCCGGAAUGGCUUCAUCCUCGGCGGCAUCCUCUUCCAACGCGCUUGGUUGCAGGGCGUUUUAGUGUCGGCCCCGGACGGCGACGCCGGUCCUUUGAUUUUGGACGAUGGUUCCGGUCUCAUCGAACUCUCCCUCUCCGGCGAUUUCCGUCUCCAGCCAUGGAGAGUUGGGAUGUAUGUAAUGGUAGUCGGAGGAUACCUUGCUCGGACCGGUGAACCUCCCAUGAUUAAGGUUCAUAAGAUGGUCGACCUUUCAUCAUUCCCUGACCGAGAGGCAAUGUGGUAUCUUGAAGUUUUGGAAGCAUACAAACUGUUCUAUCAGCCUCUUAUUGAAGAAUUCACAUGAUUUUGUUACAUGAUUGAUUGGAGGGAAGAGCAAUUGAGGUUGCCAUCUGACAUCCAAGAAACUUGCCGUCUCAUGUGAAACUUUGAGAUAAGGCUGCU